AUGAGAAAACAACAAGCAAAUGAUUCAGAUGAUACCGGGCAUGAAGUAAUCUACGCUGAUCAUAAAUCUGACGGUUUAAAUGAAAUGGACCCUGAAAAUUCCGACCAAGAAUUCAUGCAAGACGUAGAACCUACCAUAGAUCCUAAAUCUGGGACGCCAAAUAUCGAAAUCGGUGACUUUUUGCUGGUAAAGUAUUGCAUGAAGAAGACCCAAAAGUAUUAUGUUGGAGAAGUGGAAGAAAUAGUCAAGGGAAAAUAUUUAACAAGUUUUCUAAGAAAAAAAGAAAAUGGAUUUACCUUUCCCCAAGUCACUGAUAAGGACCUAAUAGAAUUGGAACAAGUGGAACUAAAACUACCUAAGCCAAGAACGUCUGAAACAACUGCAAGAUCAAGUUCAAUAAAGCAGUUUCAAGUAGACUUCGGUGCCUAUAACGUCAACUAA